UACCAUACCUUUUGUUCAAACCAACAUUUUCAAAUACUAACUCACCUAUCAGUAUCACCACCAUAAAGCAACCACACUCUUCCUUUUAACGCCAUUGCACACGCCGGCGAGGCAGCAGCAACCACAUGGGUAACCAACAUAUUCUCCUCCUAAUCCUCUUCUCCUCCAUAUCACUCAGAUCCUUCUCCGCCGCUGACGACGGUUGCCGACCAGCCGCCUGCGGCCCAACCGAACCAGUAAUCCGGUUUCCUUUCCGCCUCACCGGCCAGCAACCGUCCCGGUGCGGUUAUCCCGGCUUCAACCUCUCCUGUAACAAACAAAACAGAACAAUAAUCCGGCUUCCGUCAUCGCGUUCACACAUCGUUAACAGAAUCAACUACAUCUCACAGGUGAUCUACAUAGAUCCAGAUUUCUGCCAGACAAAGAAAAUCAAGGGAUUCAAUCUAACCGACACACCGUACGACUACAGUAGCGUACGGAGCUACAGUUUUUACAAGUGUACAUCACAGAAUUUUGGUUUUAUGUAUCCAGCUGUGCCGUUUCCGUGCCUUAGUGGCGGGAAUUACUCGGUGAUUGCUGUUAGAAGCGGGUUGUUUCCGCGUGGAAACAUGCCGGCGAGCUGUGAAGAGAUGAAGAUGAUCGAUCUGCCAGUACGGUGGAAUGGGGAUAUUAGAACGGAAUUGGAGUUGAUGUGGUUUACUCCGGGUUGUAGAGGUUGUGAAAUUGAAGGUAGAGGUUGUGGAUGGAAUAAUGAUGGAGAAGUUGGGUGCCUUGGUUCUUCUCGUGGUUUUCCGAGAAGUGCUAAGUAUGGAUUAAGUUUAGGCAUUGGUGUGCCAGUAUCAGUUUGCAUCAUCGGGCUCAUAUGCUAUGCGGCUACUAGAGUGAGAGAACGUAGUGAGACUCACCAUCAAAGUACCGAUCUCUUUUCUAUUGGCAUUGUCCCACAAUCACUCUCUAGUACGGGAUUAGAUAAGUCGACAAUCGAGUCAUACCAGAAAACCACGCUUGGAGAAAGUUGUAGAUUACCGAAUGAUGAUAGUACCUGUGUUAUAUGUCUUUCAGACUACAAGCCUAAAGAGUCGUUAAGGACGAUACCAGAAUGUAAUCAUUAUUUUCAUGCGGAUUGUAUUGACGAGUGGCUCAAGUUGAAUGCAACUUGUCCGGUGUGCAGGAACACGCCUGAAAGCUCGUCAUUGGUUACGCCGUGUUCUUCAACAUCAACAACUUCUUCUGUAGAUUCAUCGUAGAAAACCAAUCAAUAAUUUUGGAAUUUGGUACUUUUUUUGUAAUUUACAUGUAUAUUUUGUAUGUAUAAAUACAAGAGCGUUCAUAGACACA